AUGGGUUACGUUAAUUUGAAGUAUUUGCUACUAUGCGGGCUGUUUUUCAUUGCCACCACAGUCUUCGGUGUUAUUCAACCUGUCCCAGCACAAGGCGCUGGCGGGAUUUGCUACAUGUACAUCAUCCAAGGUGCUGAUACGUGUUUUUCGAUUGCCCAACAGCACAGUAUUACUGUUGCCGACAUUGAAGCCUUCAACAAGAACACAUGGGCAUGGCUGGGAUGCAAAAAGUCACUAUACCAAGGUGCAUUCAUCUGUCUCAGCGCUGGCGCUGCUCCGAUGCCAGUCGCACUCCCGCAGGCUACUUGUGGUCCCCAGGUGCCUGGAACAACACGUCCCAAGAACUUUGAUCUACUUGGUACUCUUAAUCCGUGCCCAGAAAAAGGAUGUUGUUCUCCGUGGGGAGUCUGCGGUACUACUCCCGAAUUCUGCAGUCCCUCGGACUAUACAUCGCACACGACAGCCGCGCCGACUCAAGCUCAGAAAGGGACAGCUGGUCAGAAAGCUCCUCCGCCAGCAGAGACAACCAAAGCCACUAGAAGCGAAUCUACGACUACGAAAAAGCCAAGAACCACAACGACCACGUCGAAAGCAACCACUUCUAAAUCAACCAGUACCAAGACUAUGGCAACAACUAAAGAAGCAGACAAAACAACCAAAGCCUCUGCUUCUACUGAAACAGCUAUGGAGCCAUGGACACUCACACUCUAUGAAAAGAAGAACUGCGAGGGAAAUUACUAUCUCCUAGAAGGAUACAACAAAGGAUACGAUCAAAUGAACCCAGCGCGAUGUCUGAAUGUCAACGGCAAUCUCAAAACCGACUCGAUGGGGACAGAUACAUUCUGCAAAUUCUUUACAGAAGAAGGGUUGCAUUCUACCAGUUGUGACGCUGGGAAUUUCACCAAGAUGGCCUCGUGGUAUCUGAAGAAUGGCUUUUGCUACACAUUUAACCUCAAGGAUUGCAGUUACAAGGAUCACAAGGAUUCUUUUAUUGGUGAUGGUAGUAAUGCGUUCGGUUGUGAGAAUCAUGGACCCAGACAUUCUCCGAAUUAUGACUCGUUGAAUUGCUUUGUUAACUGA